CGCCACGUGUACACUAGAUGAGAUAUUUGACUUGCUUUAGAAAAAGGAUAAGUAACCAACCAAGCAUUACCUAACAAACCCUCACCGGAGAAGAAUUUCCUGCCUUUCGCCGUACUAUAUGCGAUCUGGGUUUGGAUUUCUCUAAUGGCUGCCGUUGCAAUUGCUAAGCUACAAGUCUACCCUGUCGAUCACUUGGCGGGUUGCUGCGGGGAACGGCAGAAGGGGAGUUUUGGGUUCGUUAGACCAGCAGCAGCAGGGCUUUUUCGUGUCCAGAAGGGAGGUUGUGGCGGAGGACAGCCGUUGUCGCAACACUGCAGGUCUUUCAGGUCUGAAGAUGGUGGCGGUGGAAGGGAAUUCGAUGAUGGGGAAAAGGAAGAAGGGAAAGAUGAGAUUUUGAAGGGGGGAAAGGCAGAGAAGUUGAAGAAGGGAGAUGGGUUGUGGGUUCCUGGGGUUGGUAGGUUGAAAUUGCCUUCAAAGGAUGAGUAUAGUAGAGGAAUUGCUCAAGUGGAGGAAGUCUUCUCUUCGGCUGCAAUCCACGUUGGGAGAUACAUUGUGACCAUGAUGAGCACUGGAGUAGUACUUGCUACUGGUUUUCAGUUGUCAGGUGGAGACGGUCAAAUGAAUGAUCUUAUCUGGUAUAGCUGGCUCGGAGGAAUCAUAAUUGGGACAAUGACAGGUGCGAACAUGGUGUUAGAUGAACAUUGUCGAGCAGGCCCUCGUAAUGUUGUCAUAACUGGAAGCACAAGGGGAUUGGGGAAAGCACUUGCUAGGGAAUUUCUUCUAUCAGGCGAUCGUGUGGUUGUUGCAUCACGAAGCCAGGAAUCCGUCGAUAUGACAGUGAAGGAGCUGGAGGAGAACCUCAAGGAAGGAAUGGUCUCAGCAGGAGGUUCAUCAAAGCGGAAUCUUUCCCAUGCAAGAGUAAUUGGCAUAGCCUGUGAUGUCUGUCAACCAUCUGAUGUGAAGAAACUAGCUAAUUUUGCAGUCAGUGAGUUUGGUUCCAUUAACAUAUGGAUAAACAAUGCCGGGACGAAUAAAGGUUUCAGACCCUUGCUGCAGUUCAGCGAUGAAGACGUAACUCAGAUUGUCUCGACGAAUUUGGUGGGAUCAAUUCUGUGCACCCGAGAAGCCAUGCGAGUGAUGGAAAACCAACCUAAGGGAGGCCACAUUUUCAACAUGGACGGUGCAGGUUCUGGGGGCUCAAGCACUCCUCUUACUGCUGUUUAUGGAGCUACGAAGUGUGGUCUGAGACAGCUUCAAACAUCACUUCUAAAGGAGAGUAAGAAGUCUAAAGUGGGAGUUCAUACAGCUUCCCCGGGCAUGGUCCUCACGGAAUUGCUCUUGAGUGGAUCAACACUGAAAAACAAGCAAAUGUUCAACAUAAUCUGCGAGCUCCCAGAGACCGUUGCUAGGACUUUGGUCCCACGGAUGAGGGUCGUGAAAGGCUCGGGGAAGGCCAUCAACUACUUGACUCCUCCCAGAAUCUUACUUGCCCUAGUCACUGCUUGGCUGAGGCGUGGUCGGUGGUUCGAUGACCAGGUAAUUAGUUGUCACAUUUCCAUUAUCCACUAAAGAAACUCCUUUACAUCAGUAAAUCAGCACAAAGUAUAAACUCAACAUUCAGGGAAGAGCAUUGUACGCAGCAGAGGCAGACCGAUUACGAAACUGGGCAGAGAAUCGUGCUCGGUUUUCGUUCACCGAUGCCAUGGAGAUGUACACCGAGAACACAUGGGUAUCGGUUUUCUCGCUCUCUGUUGUGUGCGCGUUCAUUAUACUGUCUAGCACCAGCGGCGUAUCUCCAGGCACCUAAGUCGAAGUAGGAUACGCCCCAAUUUUGGGCAAGUCUGAAAGAGGAUCUUAAGAAAAGCACCAAAGUUGCAAAAGAUUUUAGGCCAUCCCUUUUUCUCAAGUUUUUAGCCAUUCAUGGAAAGGGUCUCUGCUGGUUUUAUGUUCAUACUGGCUGGAUGUCGCGUGGAGCUGGUGAUUGUCACCCAUCUUAUUGUUGUAUACACAAGACAGUCCUGUAAAUGUGAAUUGCUGUAACAGGCCAAGAUGGUUCUAUUGACGUGUAAUGAAGUGUAAGAAAGUUGCAGUCUUGUAGGACUUUUACGUUUCUCUUCAGCUAUUCAUGGUCGGCAAUGGUU